AACAAGGAAGAGUCUGAAGACACAGAGCAAGACUUAGCUAACAUGAUAACCUGGCGUGUCCCCAGGCUAUUCCGACCCUUGCUAAAUGGACUUAACAUAGGCAAAGCUCAGCCCUGCAAAGUAGCUGAGCACAACCAGGCACCUGCCCUGCUCCAGCCAGAGCGAAGCUUCAGCUCCACACACCGGCUUCAUGACGUCCCAGGGGACCCCAACUCUGCAGAGAGAGUGACAGUGCAUUUUAUAAACCGGGAUGGAGAGAAACUCACAGCCAUAGCCAAAGAAGGAGAGAGCUUGCUGGAUGUGGUGGUGAAUCAAAACUUGGGCAUUGAUGGCUUUGGUGCAUGUGAAGGGACGUUAGCUUGUUCCACUUGUCACCUCAUCUUUGAGAGGGAUGACUUCCAGAAGCUGGAUGCCAUCUCAGAUGAGGAAAUGGAUAUGCUGGACCUGGCCUAUGGGCUCAGUGACACAUCUCGCCUUGGGUGUCAGGUGUGUGUUAAGAAGUCGAUGGAUGGUCUGACUGUCCAGGUCCCCAUGGAGGUAUCUGACCUCAGGAGGCAGAUGGAAGUGGGAAAGCAAAGUAAACAGUAACCAGUGUUGGUGCCUGCACUAAGGUCUUUUAUCUAGGCUUGGUGGUGGAGAUGAUGUUUGCUGCUUUUCUGUUUUUAAGUGUGUUAUAUUUCAUUAACUCAGUGGAGCCUUGUAACUAACUUUUCAUUCACGCAUGCAGACCUUGAUUCAGCAUUGAUCCCUGUUCAGCAAAGCUCUUACUUAAACACCGCUUAACAUUAGGAAUUUAAGCACAUGCUUAGAGUUAUAUACUGAAUACAGAUGUAAUCAAGCAUGUGCUUAAAUGUUUUGCUGAACUGGGGCUGCAGCAAACAUCUACUCCGCAGAUGAUUCUCCUCCUUGAAAGUUAAGGAUAUGCCACUUACAGUCAAAGUUGGGAAUUUUUCUGAGCUGACUAUUUAACUGUAGAGAGCUUUCCCAACUUGAAGAGGUAUGACUGUGUGCUGAUUG